CUCGCUCGAUCUGACAACAUGACGUGCGACCACUUUCUGUCACCGUGAGACCGGACUACUCUAGAACGCGAGUACCACGACGCAAGUGUCUAUUUUAAAGUCCCGAUGACAUGCUCUCGUCACUGCCCCAGGGCAGUUGCGAUAGUCUUGGCGGAUAUCUCCCUGCGCGCAUCGGGAAAGCGCAUUGCGCUUUCGGCGGAGUUCUGCUCACCCUCACUCUCUCCCCUCUUUUUCUUUUUUGCUGGGCGCUCUUGAGUCUUGAUGAACGCAUGUUCAGGCUGGGCUGCGAUCCGCUCUGACACACUGUCACGGUCAUGUUCAGGCACGGCAGAGUGUCUGCUGUCCAGAUAUCGACGUCACAGCAGGCAGGCACGCAUCUCUCAUUCUGGUGUUGGGCUGCAGAGACCCAGGUAUCACGUGUGGGCAUGUCGUUGGGCGGACGGUAAACUAUAAAGGGCUCGCUGGCUAGCCUUGCAAAAGCCAGUAGCCACUCGCAAAAGCUCUACCUCGAAAUCAACCUAAUCAUGGCUCGUCUCUUCUUCCUGACUCUCGCUGCCCUCGCCGCCAGCUGCGUAUUCGCGCAGACUCUCCUCGACUGCGGCGAGUCGCAGUACAAUCCGGCCGACUAUACCUGCUUCGACGGGGACUUCCUGUGCCCCAUCCUUGACCCGCAGGGCUUCAACGACGUGGAUGUGCUGCUCCGCUGCGGCGACGCAUGCUACUCGACGAACCACUACACGUGCAACGGAACGACGCUGGAGACGGUGCCCAUCGGCUCGAACUUGCUGGAGCAGUGCGGCGAUGCGCGGUUCUACACCCAGGACUACGUCUGCAUCAACGAAAGCUUCCUGUGCCCCAUCGUCGACCACGUCGGGUAUCUGCGCUGCGGAGACGCCUGCUACUCGCCCUUUGACUACAAAUGCACUGACAACGCGCUUGUUCCGCUCCCGCCGAAAGGCUGCGUGAGCCAGGGCGGGCAGGAUGUGUGGUGCAACAACGAGGGCUGCUUUAUCCUGCAGUGCUGCGAGGGCCUCUUCUCCAUCGCAGACAAGUGCCGCUCUCCAUGCGAAUUUGGAGAAUGCUGAACAUCGCCACGUGAAUCUUCAAGGACGCCGUUCGGGGAUCAAGUCACUUUCAAGGCAGAUUUUUAUUUGGGAUCGCGGGUUGGUGGUUGAUUAAUAUUUCAAUAUGUGAGACAGUAUUGGUGUAAAUUAUUUUAAAUUGUGGUCAAAAUUCAAGUUUUGGAGGAAUAUGAGAACGGAUCCUACCUUCUCAUGUCGAA